CGAGCGGUGCGAUUUUGAAAAACGCUCGAGAGUGGCUCGAAAUUUCGAAGUGCUGGCCAGGAAAAUCCCUCUGGUGCAGGGAAAUCUCGCGCGCGAUUUCCACGUUCGCCAAGUCACAGCCGACGAUCGUUUUUUAAGCGUAAUAACAAUCGUAACGCUCGUAAAAUACGUUUGAAUGCAAAUCAACUACAGAGCAACAUAUAUGAAAUUUGUUAUCAUCGCGACGAGAGCUAAAUACGGGGCUUAGCUUGAUUUUUUUGAAUUUCUGCGUGCGCUAAUGCGUCGUUUUCCACUUGCUGGGAGUAUUUUCCAGUUGGCCCGGUGAAUUGGCGCGCAAUUUCAUUGAAUUGUAUUGAAUUGAAUGCAAAUUGCAAUUGCGGCACAGCGCGGAAUUGAACCUUUGACAGCGUCGGCGGGCGCGCACAACGUGGCGUAUGCGUAAUCUGUGGCAAACGAAUCGAAGUACCCGCAAUCAAAUUGAAAUUGAAAUGAAAAUGGAAAUUGAAAUGAAAGGCGCGCGCCGGCUCAAAUAAAUUAUGCGCCAGUGAGUUCUAAGUGCCCUCUCCCCCCACCCGUCUCUUUCCAAUCGCGUAGUUCGCUCUUUUUCGCGCAAAAAAUAAAAUAGACCCAAGCCCAGGCAAUUGAAAAUGCGAUUCAUAUCGGCCCAAGUAGGAGCAACAACAACAAGACAUGAACAACAACAACAACAACACUGAUGAUCGCUGGCAACAUGUCAAGCAUAAUUAAUUUUCGAUUCUGUUUCUACCGCCGCCGAUUUCUCGCCACCAGCACCUCAUCUGGAAAUCUGGAAGUGUAAUUACGGUCAUAAUUCACGCAAGCCGCAGACACAACAAACCGAAAGCCGAAAGCCGAAAGCAAAGCAUUUAACGAGAAUUGUGCAGAGGAAGAACUAAUAGAGAUUUCCGCGAACAUCGACCGACGUCUGUGAAAAUGUGUUGCCAAUCAAGUGGCCAGUGGAAAAAUUCUGCGCAGCAGCCACAGGAAUCAGCGGCGCCUCGGCGGCACAUCCACGGACUCGGCCUAUGGACCCAGAUCCUGAUCCUCACCACAAUCCUGCUGACCGUGAUCCAAAUGCAGACAGUCGCCGCCAUCGGAGUAGGCGAUAGUCUCUCAGGCGUACGUCAAUCCUGCUCGAAUGAGGGUGAAGAAGUUCAACUGAAAAAUCAACCGCAGAUUUUCGCAUGUUUCAAGUGUGAAUGCCAGAACGGUUUUGUGAAUUGUCGCGAUACCUGUCCGCCCGUCAAUGACUGCUACAUUCUGGAUAAGUCGAACGGCACCUGUUGCCGCAGGUGUAAAGGUUGCACGUUCCGUGGCAUGUCGUAUGAGAGCGGUUCGGAGUGGAGCGAUCCGGAGGACCCCUGCAAGACGUACAAGUGCGUGGCCACGGUGGUCACCGAGACGGUCCAGAAGUGCUACUCGCAGUGCGACAACAACCAGUUGCAGCCACCGCGACCCGGCGAAUGCUGUCCCACCUGUCAGGGUUGCAAGAUCAACGGACAGACGGUGGCCGAGGGCCAGGAGGUGGACGCCUCCAUCGACGACCGCUGUCUGGUGUGCCAGUGCCGCGGGAACCAGCUGACCUGCUCUAAGAAGACCUGCCCGGUGCUCCCGUGUCCCAUGUCCAAGCAGACGAAGCGUCCGGACGAGUGUUGUCCACGCUGCCCGCAGAAUCACAGUUUCUUACCAGUUCCAGGCAAGUGCCUGUUCAACAAAAGUGUGUACCCCGAGAAGACGCAGUUCAUGCCGGACAGGUGCACGAACUGCACCUGCCUGAACGGGACCUCGGUGUGCCAGCGGCCCACCUGCCCGAUCCUGGAGUGUGCUCCGGAGUUCCAGGAGCCGGACGGCUGCUGUCCGCGCUGCGCCGUCGCCGAGGUGCGCAGCGAGUGCAGUUUGGACGGGGUGAUCUACCAGAACAACGAGACGUGGGAGAUGGGUCCGUGUCGCAGUUGCCUGUGCAACGGCGGCACCAUCCGCUGCGCCCAGAUGCGCUGUCCGCCGGUCAAGUGCCGCGCCAACGAGGAACUGAAGCAGCCGGCGGGCGAAUGCUGCCGUCGGUGCGUGGAGACCGCUGGCACCUGCACCGUCUUCGGGGAUCCCCACUUCCGCACCUUCGAUGGCAAGUUCUUUAGCUUCCAGGGCAGCUGCAAGUACCUCCUGGCCUCCGACUGUCUGGGCAAGACCUUUCACAUCCGGCUAACGAACGAGGGGCGUGGCACGAGGCGCUCCAGUUGGGCCAAAACGGUGACCCUGAAUCUGCGAAACCUGAAGGUUAAUCUCGGCCAGCGGAUGCGGGUGAAGGUGAACGGCACGAGAGUGACGUUACCCUAUUUGGGCGUGGCCGGGGGACAGAAUGUCACGAUCGAGAGGUUGGCAGACGGCGAAGCGGUGAUGCUGAGAUCGGAAAUGGGACUGACGCUGGAGUGGAACGGAGCUGGCUUCCUGCAGGUCUCGGUGCCGGCCAAGUUCAAGCAGAGACUGUGCGGCCUGUGUGGCAACUUCAACGGCAGCUCGCGGGACGAUCUGACCGGCAAGGAUGGCCGGAGUCACGGGGACGACGAGGUCUGGCACUUCGCCAACUCCUGGAAGGUGGGCGGCCCCAAGUCGUGUUCGCGCAAGCGUGAGUUCCUGGCCGCCACGCCCACGUGCGACAAGCGCAAGUCGAACUUCUACUGCCAUCCGCUGAGUGUGCCGGCGCUUUUUGGCGAGUGCCACGAGCGGCUGAAUCCGGAGAACUACAAGGCCGCCUGCCGGAUGGACGUGUGCGAGUGUCCGUCCGGCGACUGCCACUGCGACAGCUUUGCGGCGUAUGCGCACGAGUGCCGCAGGCUGGGCAUCCAGCUGCCGGACUGGCGGGGCGCUACCAAUUGCCCCGGCGGCUGGCGACACAAUGCCACGCUGUCGAGCUUCAAGGGCAACCACUUCUACGGCGACCCGAGCUUCAACCGGUUCAAGGGUCGGCGGCAGAAGAACCACCAGCUGAGGCUGCAGCUACAGGAGCAGCGGACCAAACAGGGCCACAAGGGGCGGCACAAGCCGGGCCACAACCAGAACCAGAACCAGAAUCAGCUGGACAAGCCGGGCCACCGACUGGACAAGGACCAGCUGGACAAGGAGUUCUUUCUGAAGCAUGUGCCCAGCAGUAUCCUCUAUUCGCGUGCGCCGGAUCGCACGCCGCCGCCCCUCCACUAAGUUAGUCGACCGUUUAACUUUAGUUACCCAUUUAGUUACUACACACACACUCACGCACUCACACACACUUGAGCACGCCCAUCCACACAGAUACUCUCGUCCAAAAAAAAAAAAAUAAAACGGCGCCGCAAACCAUAGCAUACUUUUGGCGGCCCAAAAAUGCCGAGAGACCGUGCGGAAACCUAGUUGAAUUCGCUCCCAUGACAGCCAGGCCACAGUAUUACGCUGAACGUCCUCUGGAGUAUAUAU